CCAGAGACUCAGCUCAUCCUUAACCUUUGUCACUAUAAUUCUGGUUACGGAUAAAAUUUUUAUAUGAUAAUUAACAUGACUUUCUGAUAAUUUCAAAUAGAAUGUGCAAUUCUAUAGUGUUGAAAUCAUUUUAUACGACAAUUUUAUAUAGUUUUAUUCUCCAACAUUUAUCAGUUUUUCAUUAACUUUCAUAAUUAUUUAGUGAUAAACAAUGCUGCUUCUUGACGAUGUAUAAUUCUUUUUUAAUCACUAGAAAGUACUUAUGACGAUCUAAGAAAAACUUCACCUACGUGAAGAUAUAAACUAUUAGGCAGUUAUCAUGGAUUGCGUAGAGAUAUUUAUUCAAGCAUUGAAAGGAAUAUGCGAUAGUUUUCAUGGAUUUUUAUAUAUACCUGUUUUAAUAACAGAAUGCGUCAAAGGUUUUCUUGGUUUUGAAUCAAAAAGGAAAAGAGAAGAUUCUACAAUUCUAGAUUCGUUGAAGAGGACACUUAUAUAUAAUGGUAUAUUUACUGUGCUUAUAGUACCAGUCAUAUAUAUACUUUUCCCAGUAUGUUAUUACAUAUUGUCCAUGACUAAUCAUGAAAAUUUUAUUUUAAGUAUAACUUCAGUUUUUUAUUGUAUUGGGAUUAUAUUUCGUAUAUUUCCCGUACAAAUUUACAGACUUGGACAUUUCUAUUUAUUUCAAGAUAUUGCAGAAGAUGUUCAUAAAUUGAAGAACGGCAAACCUCAAGGAUGGGAAAGUGUGCAAGUGCGUUUUGCUGAUAUGGCUUUCAACUUUGUUGUGCAAUUUUUUUAUGGAACUCAGCUGCUAACAAUUUCCUUAUUACCUACCAUUUGGUCUAUCUGCUUUCCCAAUACCAAAUUGCACUUUGUACCUGAUGAAUGGUUCCUACAAUUAAUAAUAUUAAUUCUUACGAGUAUUUGGUAUUCUUUGUGUCUUUUUGAAUACAAAUGGUAUUACUUUACAUGGAAUUUGCACAGGCGUUUGGGCUACAUCGAAAAGAAUUGGCCUUACUUUAUUGGAUUCAGUUUCUUUUAUGCUGUGGUAACAACAUAUUCUGAUUCAUACUGCGUUAAUGCCUUAAUUGCCGGGUAUUUGUUUCCAUUUUAUUUAAUAAGCACAUAUCAUUCAGAACCAGAAGAAGAUGUUCGCAUAUGCUCGAUACCAUUCUUCCAGCCAGCUGUGAUGAUCACUAAUUUCUUGAUUAAAAGGAUCAGUAUGGGGACAACCUCCAAUAACCAUAUUUCAACACCCACCUUGAAAAAAUAAUCAUUGAUAGAAUUAUUUUAUAAAGAAAAUAAAUGAUUUCUCAAU